CCAGGGGCAAGUGGGCUUUGGUUCAAUACAAACAAAGUCGGCUAACAGUUCCCACUUCCUUCUUUUUAUACUCAGUGGAAGCAGCUCAAUUUUGCUCGAACUUCUUGCACUGAAGUUAUACACUUCACCAUCAAUGGCGGAAGCAACGAGGCGGAUUGCAGUUGUUACAGGAGCAAAUAAAGGGAUUGGGUUUGGAGUCUGUAAGCAGUUGGCUUCAAAUGGGAUUAUAGUGGUGUUAACUGCUAGAAAUGAGAAGAGAGGACUCGAAGCUGUUGAAAAGCUGAAAGAGAUUGGUCUUUCUGAUCAUGUUCUUUUUCAUCAACUUGAUGUGCUUGAUCCUACUAGUAUUUCUGCUCUACAAAAUUUUAUCCAAAACCAAUUUGGGAAACUCGAUAUUCUGGUGAACAAUGCAGGGGUUAUUGGAAACAUAUUGGAUGGUGAUGCUCUAAGAUCUUCUCUUUCUUCUGAGAAUCGGCAGCCACAAAUUGCUCAUAUUGAUUGGAGCAAUCUGUUGACGGAAACUUAUGAGUUAGCAGAAGAAUGCCUGAAUAUAAAUUAUUAUGGAGCCAAAAGAACAUGUGAAGCCCUUAUUCCCCUCCUUCAGUUAUCUGAUUCACCCAACAUUGUCAAUGUCUCCUCUGGUGCAGGAAGGCUGACGAACAUACCUGAUGGAUGGCCUAAGGAAGUUUUAACUGACGCCGAAAACCUCACCGAAGAGAGAUUAGAUGAGGUUUUGACAGAGUUUUUGAAAGAUUUCAAAGAGGGCUCAUUAGCAACCAAAGGUUGGCCUCCCCAUCUUUCUGCUUACAUAGUUUCCAAAGCAACCCUGAAUGCUUACACAAGGAUUCUGGCUAAGAGAUACCAAGCUUUCCGCAUCAACUGUGUUUGCCCUGGCUUUGUGAAAACAGAUAUAAACCACAAUACUGGCACCUUUACAACUGACCAAGGUGCAGAAAACCUUGUAAGGUUAGCAUUGCUGCCCAAGGAUGGUCCUUCUGGUCUCUACUUUAUCAGGAAGGAAGAAUCACCUUUCUGAUUGUUAAAAACCCAUCUAUGAAAAUAAAAAUUGAACCCACACAGAGCUUGUUUCCUAUUAAUAACAUAUAGUGCUAAAUAAGUCUGCAAGUGUCUUGACUUCUUUCAUGUGGAAAUUCAGUAUUUGAAUAUUAUUGAUGGCUGGAAGAAGGGUCUUGCUUAGACCUCUAGUUUACAGUAUUUAUUUGUUUAUUGGCUGAA